AUGAUACUUGAUGCUUCUUUUGGAGGGUCAGUUAUGUUCAGAACCGCCGAAGAGGCUAUCACCAUCAUUGAGUCUAUGGCCUCCACAGAUUUUAGGAGCCAGCAUGGUAGAAGCUCUUCACACAAGAGGGGAGUUUUGGAGUUGAGUACUCAAGAUGCAGUGUUAGCUCAAAACAAGUUGCUUUCUCAACAAAUUGAAGCAUUGAAUCAACAAAUGGCCAAGCUACCUCAACAACUCCAAGCUAUGCAAGCUAAUGCUCCUCCUAUGCAACAAGUUUUAUUGUGUGAUUUUUGUGGAGGUGACCACCCUAAUGGUUAUUGUGCCGGACCACCUAGUGCCCAAGGUGAAGAAGUGAAUUAUAUGGGGAAUCAAGGGCGACAAAAUUUCUCUCAACACCCCUAUCCUCAAAACUCAAAUCAGGGGUGGAGAAAUAACUAUGGUGGAAACAAGCAAGAUAUGAAUGCUUCAUCAAGUAGCAGGCCUCCACAUCAACACCAACACCCACCUUUAUAUGAGAGAACCACCAAGUUGGAAGACACACUGCAACAAUUCAUGCAAUUGUCUAUGUCCAACCAAAAGAACACUGAUGCUUCAAUUAAAAAUCUAGAGAUACAGGUGGGGCAAAUAACAAAGCAUCUAGCAGAGCAGCAAAAAGGUUCUUUCUCAGCCAACACCGAGCAAAACCCAAAGGGGAACUUGAAUGUAGUAUCUACAAGGAGUGGUCGGGAAUUUGUGGUGAAGGAGAGUGAGAAGAAGAAUGAGAGAGAAGAAAAGAAUGACAUGAGUGUGGAAGAUGAUGCUAGUGUUGAUGAAGAAAUUAUCUUAGAGGGCCCAGGAGUAUGGAGAAGGAGUGAAGGAAGUGAGAUGAUUAACAUUCCGUUCUUCGAGGCAUUAGAACAAAUGCCUACUUAUGCCAAGUUCAUGAAGGAGCUCCUCACCAAAAAGAGGAAAUAUUUUGAAGAGGAGACCAUUACAUUGGAGGCGGGAUGUAGUGCCAUUAUUCAAAAGAUGUUUCCAACUAAAUCCAAGGACCCUGGUAGUUUCACUCUUCCAGUCACUAUUAGGAGUUUAGCUAUUGGGAAGGCUUUACUUGAUUUAGGGGCUAGCAUCAAUCUCACGCCCUUAUCUAUGCUUCAGAGGGUUGGUGAUUUGGAGGUGAAGCCCACUCUCAUGACCUUGCAGUUGGCUGAUCGAUCGGUGAAGUAUCCUCAUGGCAUAGUGGAGGAUGUUCUGGUGAAGGUGGACAGUUUCUUAUUUCCCGCUGAUUUUGUGGUGAUGGAUAUAGAAGAGGACAUUGAUGUACCUCUCAUUCUUGGCCGACCAUUCAUGAAGACUGCAAGAGUUCUAAUUGAUGUGGAUGAUGGGAAGCUUAAGGUGAGAGUGAAUGAUGAAGAAGCCAACUUUGAUGUUUUUGAUGCCAUGCACUAA